AAAUGAAUGAUGGAGAUAAUAGCAAAAUGUUUUCGAAAAAAUUAAAUCCUGGAACAGUUAUUGCAGGCAAAUAUAAAUUGUUGGAGAAAAUUGGUGCAGGAUCUUUUGGAAUGGUUUUUAAAACUUAAAACUUAAAAAAUGGGGAAUUAAUAGCAACUAAAUUCGAGAAAAGAGAUGAAAGUCAAAAAGGCGUAAGCUUACUGAUUAGAGAAAUCAAAGUGCUUUAAGAUGUAAAAGGUUUGAAGGGUAUUAUUUUUUUUAAUUUUAAAGGUUUUCCAUAAUUAAAAUUCUAUGGACGUGAUGAUCAUUACAACUUCUUUAUGGAAUCUUAUUUAGGAAUGAAUUUAGAAUAAUUGAUGAGAAAAUGUAAUGGUAAGUUUAGCUAAAAUACAGUGUUGAAGAUUGGAGUUUAAUUGUUAGAAAGAGUUCAGGGUAUUUUAAAAUAUAAAUGAUUAGCAUUUCAUGAAAAAAAUUUAAUUCAUAGAGACAUUAAACCAGAAAAUUUUACGAUAGGCCGACAAGAUAGUGGUUAAAUUUAUGUUAUCGAUUUUGGAUUAUCUAAAUAUUUUAGAGACAGUAAUGGAAAGCANCAGUUUUAAUUCUUUCAAUUUAUCAAAACAUAAACUCUUUUUUUUGAAUCCUAAUCUAUUUGUCUAUAAUAAUUUAUCAACAAAAGUUAUGCUUUUAGAUUAUGA